AUUUCCCAUAUUCCCUGCUAAAGCACCUUGAUAUAUGCGUACCCCUUGUCGCCUGCAACCUGCCCUGCACCCUAGCCUCACACCCGAAUCAGCUUCCUCUCCCCUCUGCACCGCGCCCAGCUCCUCUGCACCCAGCCAUCAUCGCCCCCCCUCUGCACGAACCCGCCUGCACCUACCCUGCACCGAGCCCAGACCCCUAGCGCUGCUGCCUGCGCCCUUCUGCUACCGCGCCCGGCCUUGCUUCCUACAUCUGCUCUGCACCGAAUCUGCAUCAGUCUCCAGCUCUGCACUGCGCCAGCCUUCCUCUGCACCAGAUCCCCUCUCCUCUGCGCAACCCACUGCCGGCAAUGAUGUCCCUUUGCACGCCAGCAUCACCGGCAAUCAUACCCCCUCUGCACUAAGCCUGCGCGCAAUCAUACACUCCAGCACCCCCUGCUCUGCACCCCGGCCUCCUGCACCGAGCCUACACCCCUGCUGCUGCGCCUCCUGCACUCUGCGCCCAAUCACGCGCCCCUGCUUCCUGCACGCUACAGCCAUGCAGAAAAGAUAGCAAAUACCGGACAAAUUGGCAUCAUUGGUGAUUGACAGAACAAGGGCCCCUUAUAUUUUUUUUCAUUUGUUAUUUUUAUCAUUUUGGGGUAUAUAUAGAGCAAAAGGCAGAGGUCUUUGAGGGAUUUGGCUUGUUUUUGAAGGAGUUGUGGUGUUGACGAAGGAGAACAUUUUUUUGGAGGUCGACCGUGAUUGAAAAGAGGCUUAUUCUUCUGUCUGUUUCUUGCUUGCUUUAGGUAAUUUUCUAAACAGAGGGAUUUUUUUUGGGAAAGGUAGUGAUGGAGACGAAUGCAGCGUGAUCCCGUGGGUGGGAUCCCUUCUUCUAAUCCUGAUCUGUCUUCUCCAAAAAUUUCCGCCUUGUUCGUUUCAAUUUUUUUUAAAUCUUGAUGUAUUGGAGUUGUGUUGGAUGAUGAUAUUAUGAAUAGAAUCAAGCUUGCUCU